AUGACCGCCGAUAAACAAAACAAUGGCUAUACCGCCAAACCCUUCACCCCGACCCUCAGCGCCGCCUUUCACCGCGCCAACAAGUCUCCUCUGACCCCCAAACUCGCCAGUCCGGCGGGCUACCGGACUCCCAAGCGAUUGAAUCCCGCCGAUCCGCACUCCCAAUCCGCCUCCGUCCCCAGACCGGACUCCGACUCGGCCUCCUAUCUCAGUGCCAAUGUGACCCCUCGUUCGGGCUCCCGCAACAGCCGACGCGAUGGUUCGUUGGCGCCGUCCCCCCAUACCACGCCCUCCAACGGCCAAUACUCGCCUCAAGCUUCCUACGCUCCUACUCCGACCGCUGGAGGCCCUCGGACGGAACGCAGCCCCAACCGCAUGGGUGCGAGGCUCGAGCCGGCGAGGAGUUACCGGGCCAAAACCUGGACGACGGAUAGCCAUCUUUCACGACCCAACUCAUCCUCGGACUUGUCCUCCGGGAGUUCGCCCAUGUUCUUCCAUGCCUCCGACGCGCGCUCGUCGAAUUCGGACGCCGACCCAACCCGGUUGAAACCCCACGUAAAACCGUCCAGCCCCGCCACGUUUGUCUAUGCCAACGGCGAGCAAGAACGUCAGUCCGGGGAUGAAUCGACCGGCCGCGCGAUGAAACGUCGCUCCUCCGGCAUGUCUCGACCAGGGGCUGCGGCCAAACCACCCUCCGCCUCGCCGCGUCUGGCCUCGCCCAAACUCCAUGCCGCCACUCGACUCUCCGAUAGCUUUACCUCGCAGAUCAGUCCCCCGUCAGACGCCCCAGCUGAGCCGGCACCGCAGCUGCAUAGUCCGCCUUUGAAUUUCUCCCCGAAACUGUCUGCACCAACCAUCAAACACACCAAGUCCCCCAGCCUCGAUGCGGCUCCCCGUACGAUGUCCCCUCGGGAGGGCCUUCGACCAAGCCCGAUCAUCAUAUCCCCUUCCGAUGCGAAGCUCGACGCUAGUGCACUGUCUUCAGAGCCGAUUCCUGGACUGAGGCCUCGCAUUUUCAGUACUGAGUCUACCGCGUCGAUCGAUGCGUAUAGCGCGGCACAGAGUCCGGUCAAAUCGGAGACCAACUCGCAGUCCAAGGAUGAAGGCGUUCUCAACGCCCGCACGGAGCGUAAGAUUUUAGAUCUCGAGAUCAGCAACUCGUCCCUUCUCGCCAUCAACCGGACGUUGGAGCGGGAAAUGCGGAAACAGAAUGCGGAGCUGCGCCGGUUCCGACGUCUCAGUCGUGCCGGACGUCUUUCAAUGGCCACUUCGACUCGAUCAGUGUCGGGGACGUCGCUGGGGAUUGCGAGUGAACUGGACCAGGCAAGCGAGAUGUCGUCCAUCCGUUCGCCGGAAGACAUGUCGGAUUUCAGCGACGAGGAGUCCAUGGCGGAUGAAGGCGUGAUGAGUCCGGAUUCUCUUGCGGAACACGACGCCCGGCAUCGGGAUCACGACGAAAAGCGUUUCUUGAUCGAUCUGUCCAAACAUCAGGAGCUGUUAGCCGACAGCCAGAAAAUGAACCAAAGCCUGCGACGGUGUCUCGGGUGGACGGAAGAACUCAUCAAAGAGGGACAGAAAGCCCUCGAAUACAGCGUGCACGUUAAUGAUAUCGAGCUAGGAGGGAGGGUCCUCGCGCCGGAAGAAUUGCACGACAUUGGAGAGAGCGCGCGAGGACUCCUCAGUCCAUCCGCGAUCCCCGAUAUGCCUCCAGACGAACCAACUGAUGAACCAACCGAAACGGCCUGA